AUGAUUAAGCUCCUGGAAACCUUGACCUUCAAGGACAUGGCCAUGGUCUUCUCCAAGGAAGAGCUGGCACUCUUGGACUUUGCCCAGAUAAACCUGUACCAAGACAUGAUGCUGGAGAACUUCAGGAACCUGGUCUCCAUGGACAGGAUUAAAAACAACCUUAUGAACCUUCAGGAAAAAGGCUUGAGUUACCUCUCACCAGAAGUGCUCUACUUUUGGCAAAUUUGGAACCAAAGGAUCAGUGAAUUGACCGUGAGUCAUGAUUAUGUUGUUAUGAAUCUUCAAGGAGAUUGUCCCCAGUAUUUAGGAGACAUUUCCCUCUGUGAAGAGUGGACAGGAGUGCCUCUUCAGAUUUCUGAAAAUGAAAACCAUGUAAUAAAUGCCAUUAAUUUAGAAAAUCAAGACAUCACAGCUUGGAAAAGCCUGACACAGGUCCUUACCCCAGAAUCCUGGAAGAAAGCCAACCUAAUGACUGAGCCACAUAAUUCUCAGAGAAAGCAGAUAGAAGAGAAAUUGGAUGGAUGUGCUUGGUGUGGUGACAGCUUCUUUCAGACCUUGCGUCAUUAUGAUGAUUCCCAAGAAUGUAAAGGAGAGGAGCUUUGUAGAUACACCAACGGUGGGAAACACUUGGUUAUAAAGUCAACAGUCAAACACAGUCACGUGGUCCAUGCAGUGUGGCAUGCUUUCAGAUGUAAUAACCCUGGAAUGGGCUUCACAGUUGAUGCUCAUGUUCAUCACAGUGCUCACAUGGAGGCAUCUUAUAAACGCCAUUGGUAUGGAAGGGACUUUAGCCAGAGCUCAGAAAAUACUGUUCACGAUAAAACCCAUGCAGGAGAGGAAACUUGUGAAGGUCAAGAGUGGGCUCAGGGCUGCAAACAGAACUCAAACCUUCCUAGGAAUCCCAAUGGCCCUCCAGGAGACAAGCCCUAUACAUGCAUGGAAUGUAGCCAAGGCUUCAGUUGUGAUUCCUCUCUUCAUAACCAUUGCCAAGUCCACACACGGGAGAUGCCCUACACCUGUGAUGUGUGUGGGAUGGGGUUCAGAUUUGGGUUGCUCCUGUGUUUCCAUCAGAGGGUCCACAGUGGGAAAAGGCUGUGUAAGUGCACCAAGUGUGGGGAGGACUUCGAUCAGAGCUCCAACCUUCUUGUCCAUCAGAGGGUCCACACAGGGGAGAAACCCUACAAAUGCAGUGAGUGCGGCAAAUGCGUCAGUUCCAGCUCCAUUCUCCAAGUUCACCAGAAGCUGCACAUGGGGGAGAAGGCUUACAGGUGUGACGAAGGUGGGAAGAGCUUCAGCCAAAGCACACACCUGCACAUUCACUAGAGGGUGCACACGGGGGAGAAAGCCUACAAUGUGAUGUGUGCAGGAAGGCUUUCGCCUACAGCUCAGUUCUGCACACUCAUCAGAGAGUUCAUACAGGGGAAAAGCCUCACAUGUGCCAAGUGUGUGAUAAAGGCUUCAGUUACCGCUCCUAUGCCUUACAUCAGAGAGAUCACACCCAAGAGAAGCCAUAUUAAUGUGACAGUUGUGGGAAGGGCUUCAGUUGGAACUCAGAUCUAGGUUCAUCUCUGAGUCCACAGAGGAGAGAGGCCCUAUAAGUGUAAGGAGUGUGGGAAGGGCAUCAGUUGUAACUCAUAUCUUCUUGCCCAUUAG